AUGGCUCUAGAGGCCAACAUGUUACAAGAAAAUAUGGCGGUCGAAGCCAAUAGUUGUGAAAAUGGCAAAGUAUUGCCAGCAAUCCAAAAAUUGGACUGCAUCUAUGAUGAAGAACCUUUAGGAUUUGAAAAAGAUCCUUCAAAUUCUAGUCAAAAGAUGCAAGCCCAAGACCCUUUGGAAGAGAUAGAUAUUGGAGAUGGUUCGAUUAAAAGGCCAACAUACAUAAGUGCCAAUAUCCCAAAGGAGUUGCGUGAUAAACUGGUCGAACUCCUCAAAGAGUUCAAAGAUUGUUUUGCUUGGGAUUACAAUGAAAUGUCAGGUUUAAACAGAAAUUUGGUCGAACACAGAUUACCAAUUCGACCAGACAAAAAACCAGUUAAACAAUCACCAAGAAGAUUUGCGCCAGAGAUCCUGUCUAAGAUCAAGGAAGAAAUCGAGAGGCUGCUGAGAAGUAAAUUCAUCAGAACUGCCAGGUAUGUCGAAUGGUUAGCAAAUAUAGUUCUUGUUAUUAAGAAGAAUGGUUCUCUUAGGAUAUGCAUAGAUUUUAGGGACUUAAAUAAUGCUACACCCAAAGACGAAUAUUCUAUGCCUGUGGCAGAAAUGCUAAUAGAUUCAGCAGCAGGCUUCGAAUAUCUUAGUAUGUUAGAUGGAUAUUCUGGAUAUAAUCAAAUUUUUAUUGCUGAGGAGGAUGUGGCAAAAACAGCUUUUCGAUGCCCAGGAGCCUUAGGCACCUAUGAGUGGGAAGUAAUGCCUUUUGGAGACUUCCUUGGUUUUGUGGUGCAUAAAAAAGUCAUUGAGAUAAACCAAAAUAAGACAAAAGCUAUUUUGGAGACCAAGCCUCCAACGAACAAAAAGCAACUUCAAUCCUUGUUAGGGAAAAUCAACUUUCUGAGAAGAUUCAUUUCGAAUCUAAGAGCAUCUGGUACAACAUUAGGUAGUAUGUUAGCCCAGGAGGAUGAAAGUGGCGAAGAGAAAGCCAUUUAUUAUUUAAGUAGAGUCUUUAAUGAUGUUGAAACUAGAUACAGUAGUAUCAAAAAGCUUUGUCUUUGUUUAUACUUUUCCUGUAUGAAAUUGAAGCAUUAUAUAAAGCCUAUUGAUGUUUAUGUUUAUUCUCAUUAUGAUAUCAUUAAACAUAUGUUGUUAAAGCCAAUUUUACAUAGUCGAAUUGGAAGAUGGGCUUUAGCUCUUUCUGAGUAUUCACUUUCAUACAAGCCUUUGAAGGCUAUUAAAGGCCAAAUAGUGGCUGAUUUUAUUGUUGAUCAUUCAGAAAUUGAAUCACCCCAAAACUAUGUUGGUGUGGAACCAUGGAUACUAUAUUUUGAUGGAUCUAAACAUCAACAUGGAUUGGAAAUACUAUUAAGCUUGGGGGCAAAAGAUAUUAAGAUAAAAGGUGAUUCAGAAUUAGUUUUGAAACAAUUAACAAAAGAGUACAAAUGUAUCAAGGAACAUUUGAUUCGAUACUUUGUCAUAGCGAAUACGUUAUUAAAGCGUUUCGAUUCGAUUGACAUAGAACAUGUCCCUCGAAUAGAGAAUCAGGAAGCAAAUGACUUAGCGCAGAUUGCUUCAGGGUACAAAGUGUCCAAAGAAAAAUUGGAACAAUUGGUAGAAAUUAAAGAAAAAUUAAUUUCUAAAGAACCAAUGCAGUUGGAAUUGUCAAUGCCAAAACUUGUGGGGGCAGAUACGUCACACAAUGACAUAAAUAAUUUUGAUCCAAAGAUAGAUCAUGAUGUUUAUGAUGAAUUUCAAAUUUUUGUCAUUGACAAUUUAGUAAAUGGUAAUUGGAGAAAACCAAUUGUGGAGUACUUGGAAAACCCAAUUGGGAAUGCUCCUCGAAAGAUCAAAUAUAGGGCAUCAAAUUAUGUAAUCAUUGGAAAUGAAUUAUUCAAAAAGACCCUCGAAGGAAUAUUAUUAAAAUGUGUUAGUGAAACAGAAGCCUAUAUAGCAAUCUCUGAUGUUCAUAGUGGAGCCUGUGGUUCUCACCAAUCAGGUCAUAAGAUGAAAUGA